GGACGACGCAGGCUUUUCAGGAAACACCGGAUGGUAUCUUCCUAGAUAGCCUUUUCCCGGUUAUUGUCUGACCUUUUGUUCAUUCGUUGUUAUCUCCUGUUGCUGCUCCUUCGUCUCCUUCCCCUCCCAAUCCCCCUCCAGAUACUACUACUAGACCGGACUCCCGGUGAUAGCUUCUCCCUCCUUUUGCCGAUCCUUUGGUCCCGUCCCCUUUGAUUUGGUUUGAACCUACAUACUCUCAUUUUUGAUCUAUCCCUUUUGUCUUACAUCUACGCCCCUUGCUCGCCCAUGCGACGCUGCGUGGCGUAAUGUACUCGUCCUCGAAUUCCUACCUGGGCGGCGCCAACAGCGGCCGCCCGGGGCAGCAGCCUCCGUUUGCGCAGCAGCCCCAGUACACCCAAUUCCCUCCCGGUGCUCAACAGCAGCCCCAACAGCAGCCCCAACCUGGGUUUGCUCCCCAGCCCACCGGCUACGGGCCGCAGAUGACCGGAUAUGGAGGCCCUCAGCUACAGCCUCAGUCAACGGGCUUCCCCGGUGGGCAGCUUCAACCCCAGUUUACAAGCUUCCAGGCACCGCAACCGACAGGCUUCCAGUCUCCUCCUGUGCAACAGCCUCAGUUCACCGGAUACCCUCCUCAGAACACUCCCCCGCAGCUACAGGUCCCUCCUCAGAACACCGGUCUUCCCAUUCGGUCCAUGCCCCAGACGUCGUCGGAGAUCGCCAACUCGUUCACCGAUGGCAGUGGUGUUGCCCCUCCCCCGCCUCCGAAACCGACGGGUAAUAAGGUCCCCAACAUCCGUCUCUCGUUUAUCACGGCCCAGGACCAGGCCAAGUUCGAGCAGCUGUUCAAGUCUGCGGUGGGAGAUAGUCAGACCAUGACUGGGGACAAGGCCAAGGAGCUUCUUAUGCGGUCUAGACUGAGCGGAAGUGAUCUGUCCAAAAUCUGGAUCUUGUGUGAUUCCACCAAGUGCGGGCAGUUGUUUUUCCCGGAGUUCGCCUUGGCCAUGUAUCUGUGCAACCUUCGAAUUACCGGUAGAAGCCUACCGGAUGCCCUCCCGGAGACGAUAAGGAACGAGGUGUCCAGCAUGGUUGACAUUAUCGCGACCCAGGUUCCUGACACAGCACCACAGUCGACCGCGAGAACAAAUGUCCCGAGUUUCGACCCGCCGCUGCUGCAGAACCAGGCUGCUCCCCCGGCGCCCCAGCAACCCCAGCCCCAGCAGCCAACCAACUCGCACCUCCUCUCGCAGCUCACGGCGCAGCCGACUGGCUUCGCUCCGCAACCGACGGGUUUCCAGCCCGGUCAGAAUUCGUUUUCGGGUCAGAGCGUGAACCUUGCCCCCCAAGCCACGGGAAUGCCUGGCCAGCCUCAGCAGUCGUCAUUCCUACAGCCACAACAGACGGCCUUCAUGAACAAUCCUCAGCCGACUGGGUAUAGUGGACCGCGUCCCCCGGUUCCGCCCAUGCCCACUGGCUUUGGGUCCAACCUCAGCCCUGCCCAGACGGGAGGGUUGGUUGCACAACCCACAGGAGUGCCCGGUCAAUGGGGGUUUGUCAAUGCUCCCUCGACAGGACUGCCGAACAUCGAGGCUCUUAAGCAGCAGCUCAUGCCGCAGCCGGGUCGCGAGGGCGGAUUUUCGACAGCUGGCCUCUCCGGCAACGCUCAUAUUCCCUGGGCCAUCACGAAGGAGGAGAAGAAGAUCUACGAUGACCUUUUCCGUGCAUGGGAUGGUUUCCACAAGGGCUUCAUUGGUGGCGAGACCGCCAUCGAAAUUAUGGGCCAGAGUGGCUUGAACCAGAAGGAUCUAGAGCGCAUCUGGACCCUCGCGGAUCCCCACAAUAGAGGACGACUCAACAUGGAUGAGUUUGCCGUGGCCAUGCACUUGAUCUACAGAACCCUCAAUGGUUACCCGGUCCCGAGCCGACUUCCGCCAGAGCUCGUCCCCCCGUCAACGAGGAACCUGAAUGACUCCAUAGGCACGAUCAAGUCCAUGCUGUCCCAGGACGCCGAGUCUCGCAAAGCGUCCGGAGCAUUCCUGCAGCCCCAGAAGACUGGCGUGAGCUAUCUCAAGGACCAUUCCUUCCGCGGUGGUGCCGCUUCUCCGGGCGGUGGUCGUAAAGACGCUACGUUGUUUAAAAACAAUGAUGGCGCUGCUGCUGGCUACCGGUCUAGCGCCCGGCGUCGCGUUGGUAAUAACGGCCGGACACCGUCUCCCGCCUCUUCGCAGGCAUCCGAGGACGAACUAUCCGUCCAGCAGCUGAAGAAGAAGAUCCGCGAGACUCAGAUCAUGCUUGAUGCGACCGAUUUCCAGGAUGAGAGUCGUGUGGAGGAGGAUGAGGCUUUGGAUCGCCGCGACCGCCGCGAGGCAGAGAGCCUCCUGGACCGUAUUCGGCGCGUGCAAGAUGACAUCGAUACACACCCCAAUGCCUCCUUCCGCAACGUGGAUAACGGUGCCGAGCGGAGAGCCCUGCGCCGUCAGUUGCAGGCCCAUGAGGACCAGGUCCCUCAGGUUGCUUCGGAUGUCCGCCGCAUCGAACGCGAGAUCGCUGAAGCCAAACUUGAGUUGUUCCGCCUCAAGGAUGCCAAGGCGCACCCGAACAGCGCAUCCAACAUCGUGGGGACCGGCCCCGGUGGUACGGUCACGGAAGCCGACCGUAUCAAGGCUCGCGCUCGUGCCCGCAUGCAAGCGCGCGCCGCUGAGCUUGCCGGCCGGCCUGCUCCAGCUUCUCAGGACGAUGAUGGAGCAGCGGCGCGUCGACUCGAAGCGGAGAACACCAAUGUCAAGGCUGAUCGAGAGAAGAACGAGUCCAUGACACGCGAUGUGGAGGAAAGCGUGAAAGAGUUUGCCCGGAGUCUCGAGGACAGCCUCAAGGAAGGUGGUGAAAGCUCUGUGCGUGAGCACGAGAAGCGACGAUGGGAAGAUGCUUUGGGUGUUGAGGAUGUCAUUCGUGACUUCAUCUAUGACUUGAAGCGCAAUGCACGGACCGCGCAUGUCCGCAAGGAAGACGCAUCCGGGUCGCCCUCUGCACAGAGGCAACAACCUCGAGAUGAGUCCGCCCCGGCCCGGAGACCCUCGCCUCCGCCGUCCGUCGGGUCAUCCGGCUCCUUGCCUGGCUCUACUCAUGAGGACCGCGUCGCAGCUGCGAGAGAGCGUGCCCAGAGACGCAUUGCCGAGCGUAUGGCCGCGGCUGGGCUCAAGCCAAAUAACGACUCCGCGGAGACUCUGGUGCAACGCCAGGAGCGAGAGAAGAAGGAGCGCGAGGAGCGGGUGAAGAAGGCCGAGGAAGAGGAUUCUAAGCGGGAGCAAGAAAGGCAGCGUCGUUUGGCGGAGGAGAAGGGCGGUCGCCCCGCCCCGUCGUCCGUCAAGCCCGUUGGGAAGAAGCCUCCCCCAGCACCCCCUUCGCGCAAAGUCCGCGGGGACAGUGCCGGCCAAUCCGACGCUAGAAAGGCGGCUGAAGAGCCGGCAAGGGGUGAUCAUGAUGUUCGUGAGCAGGCUAUCCGAGAGGAGCAGCAUGCCCAGGAGGAAGAAACCAAGCGCCUCGAGGACGAGGCCCAGCGCCGGGCAGAAGAAAUUCAGAAGGAGAAGGAGGCCCAAGAGGCUCGCCUUCGGGCCCUCGAAGAGCAAGUCAAGCAAGGCAAGAUCAAGAAACAGGAAGAGAAGCGCCGUAAAGAAGAGGCCGAGCGCGCAGCCAGAGACCAAGAUUCUCGGCUGGCGGCUCAACGUGCCGAGCUCGAGAUGGCCAAAGAGCGGGAACGACAACUCCAGUUGGAGCUGGAGGGUUUGGAUGGCGAAAGCUCUUCGGAUGAUGAAGAUUGGGACACGGACAUCCCUCGUCGGGACAGCACCCCGACACAGAGCCAGAUGCCUUCGACUACCGAUGCCCAGCCAGCGUCUCCCCCCACACCUCCUCCGGCCCCUGCACCCGCUCCUGAGUCGGAUGCCGUGAAGACUCCUGUCAGCUCCCCGCCCGGUAGCCGCGGUGGGGCCGACGCCGAGUCCAAGAACCCCUACUUCAAGAACCUCAGCCACCCCGCUGAUCAACCCGCGACUUCCGUUACUUCGCCGAAAUCCGAGUCCACCAAUCCUUUCCACCGUCUCGCCCAACAGCAAGAGAACGUCAAGCCCGCCCCCUCGUUCCCGGCCCCUGGCCCGCUGGAGCGCAAGUCUCGCGCGCGCCCCGAAGAAGACGAUGACUGGUCCGCGGCCGGCUCCGACUUCGAUUCCUCCGACGAUGAGGAUGAACGGCCUGGUGGCGGCAGCGCGAAGCAGCUUGCAAGCAUCCUGUUCGGAACCAUGGCGCCCCCACGACCGCUCAGCGCCAUGGACGACAAGUCCCCCUCGAAGUCCCCUACGCCGGUACAGGAGAGCAGUCCUGUGGCGCCGCCUCCGGCUAUUGAAGUUGAGGAAUCCCCGUCUGCCCCAGCCGGCGCUCCCCCGCCACCCCCGCCGCCCCCACCUCCCCCACCAGGUGCAGGUGGUGCUCCCCCGCCGCCUCCUCCGCCCCCUAUGGCACCUCCUGCUCCGCCCUCGGGUGCUGCCCCUCCGCCGCCCCCUCCCGCUCCGCCGGCGGGUGCACCGCCCCCACCGGCUCCCCCGUCUGCGCCUGCACCCGCACCCGCGGCGGGCGGCGGUCGUGGUGCCUUGUUGGCAUCGAUCCAAGCAGGCAGCCGCCUCAGGAAGGCUCAAACCAACGACAGGAGCUCCAGCAAUUCAGCAGGCCGCGUGCUGUAAGGGUCUUGUCCCACAAGCGCAACAGGAAUGGCAAUCAAGUCAAACACCACCAUUACUGGUCUAUUUCUUUUCUUAAUUAGCACCAUCCGUUCUAUCUUUAGUCAUACUGCAUUGAGUAUCUCAAUCUACGUUCGGUAUGGAAUAUA